AUGAGCGGUCGACCAGCGUUUGACUACGCUUCACCCCGCGGAGAUCACCCCGAUCUGUUAGCGAAGCGCGUGACGACGGUGCAAGACUUGCGGCGAGAAGUGCUGGAUCGAUGGAACAACAAGUCGCCCACUGCAGCCCCAGCAGCUUUCCGAGAGAUCCCGGUGCCAUUGCGAUUCGGUGAGACUGUGCAGGAAUACACGAAGGAGUUCGAGAUGUGGCUACUGCGGAGGAACGAGACGUUCGAGACGCUGCGGUUCGACCCGAGUCGAGAGCGAGGAUUCUGGUUCUCGUUUGCGUACAAACGGGCUGGCACGUGCACCACCGUGGCACUGGGGGACAAGGUGGUUCCGAGGACGAGCGACAUGGACGAGUUGAUAUCGCACUAUGGUCCUCAACCUGAAAAUGCCGACAAGCGGGUGCGGCGCUCGAACUCUGAUAGUGAACCAGAUCGAGGACACCAUGCGACAGAGGCUACGAGCACCAUCGAUCUUUCUGUCGACGAGGAGGCAGAGCAGCAUAAUUCGCCUGGCUCAGAGGCGCGAGCGCGUGACCAAGGCUCGGCGUAUGCAUCUUCACAGUAUGGUGGGAACGUGGCGGUUUUGCGGGCCCACCGCGAUGGCACAGUGACCUCAGACCGGUCUGAGAGCAGUACAAGCUCACCUCCCGAUCCUGUGCCAACAAUUUCAUUACCGCAGAAUGCAAAAGAGGAUGCAGCUCAAGCCUGCGCUAUAAUUCCUGACGAAGACGUUCAACACGUACAACGCCCAGAUCCUGAAUCUCAAUCGCCACUUGCAAGACCCAGAAAGCGUUCGUUGGAGAGCGCAAAAGAGUGCGUUUUUGUAGCUGACGCCGCAGUUCAUCGCGAUCUGGAGCUUGCUCUUCAUUCCCAGGUAAGCGACGACGACAAACUGCAGCUGGCGCUGAUUUACGAUAAAUUGGAUCAACAGAUUGCGUCGACAGGCAAGAUUGAUGAGCUGCAAGCUGGAGGAGAUCACAUUUCGGAGACCGCCAGAUCAUCCACACAGCUUCGAAGCAAGCGCACUGCUGUCCUUGCUGCUUUGAUCGUCUCCGACUGGGCCAGACGCCAAGAAAGCCUAGUCGCGGUCUUGGAGGACAAGUAUGCCAGCGCGGAAAGCGCGAAGCCCGCGAACUUGGCAGCUCUUUUGUCGGAAAUUGGAGAAAUAGCCAAGCAGUUGAAAACGCUCGAGGACCAGCGAGACACCCAGGUCCAGUUAGUGAGCUCAUUGCCACCUGCAGCCACGGCGGCAGGGCGAGCUCUGCGGCUCAAGAAGUUGCGGAAGCUGUCAGCUGUGGUGUCCGAGAAGCGAGUAGCUCAAGAGCGUUUGCAAUGUGAGUUUGAGGACGCGCUGAAACGCUUGAUGCAGUCGGAUGGCAAAGCGCGGAAGUUGGUCAAGGACGCGUUGGGAACGUGCUCAGCAGCGUAA